CACAAAAAAAACCCCGAAAAACCAACCAACCAAAAAAACUCAAACCCAACCAAGCCAAAAAACUCUCAUAUGAAAGGUGAACAGUUCAAAUCCUCACUGUAUGACAUAAAUGUAAGAAUUCCUCAUACAGGUUCAAUCUAUCUGGGCCAAUACCCUGAACCAUGGUCACAGCACAUUACUGAGAUGAAAGCACAAAACCCCAAAAAUUGGGGUAAACAAUCCUGAGAAAAUGAUUUGGAAACAAGCCCACCCUUGAGCACAAACUAAAACUGGCAGUCUGAUGGCUUUCCCUGGUUUGAAUCUGCAUGUGUUCCAGUUGUUCAGAACUCAGGAAGUUGGAAAAGACCAGCUUCAAACUCCUUGUUUGAGCUCACCUUCCAAGAUUAACUUGAAUACAAAAAAGGUCCACCCUGAUGGUGUUUCCUGAACACAUGAGAAUCUCUUAACAAAAAUCAGUGAGAAAUUCGUCCUUAUAGUUUCCCAUGUUUAAUCAUAAUGAAAAACAGCAGACCAGCAUAAGUAAAAACUAACAAACUAACCAAAACAGAUAGGACAUUAAAUCUUCAAAGUAAUUGUGAAGUUCCAAGUAGUGUGAUGAUCGAGUACUUGACUGCAUAUUAUAUACACUCCUCCAUGGAAAUGCCCAUUUCAUCUGUUCUAAUGCUUUACUUUUCUUCCAACACAGGGAUCCCACACACCCCAGCUGUGCCUCCUCAGAUCUGUACAACACUGAUUCGCACUAUCCAAAAAUUUCAAGUGUUCCAGCUGUCAGAAAAGAACUGGGGGCAGCUGAAUGUCAGGAUGCAAGUAGUUACUAUUGUAUUACUAUUUCUUCUUUGUAAGGCAUCUGACUGUAGGAGGACAAGGAAUAGGAGUGUGAGAAACAAUGAAAGGGGAAACAUCUUAAGGAGAGCAUCUAGCACUGUUAAGCGCAAUGCCCGAGACCUACCAUGUGAUAUUUACACUUACCUUCAUGAGAAAUACUUAGACUGUCAGGAAAGAAAAUUGGUUUUUGUGGCACCUGAUUGGCCAGAAGAUAUAAAACACAUGCUGCUAGCAAGAAACAGAAUUCGUAAACUAAAGAAUAAUAUGUUUUCUAAGUAUAAAGUGCUGAAAAGUCUGGAUUUACAACAGAAUGACAUAUCAAAAAUUGAGAGCGAGGCUUUUUAUGGUUUGGAUAAACUUACCACACUCUUACUUCAGCAUAACCAAAUUAAGAUUUUAUCUGAAGAGAUUUUUAUUUAUACACCCAAUCUAAACUACCUUCGUCUCUAUGACAAUCCCUGGCAUUGCAGCUGUGAACUAGAAACUCUUGUUACAAUGCUACAGGUUCCAACAAACAGGAAUUUGGGAAAUUAUGCCAAAUGUGUGCACCCAAUAGAACUGAAAAAUCAGAAGUUAAAGCAGGUAAAAGCUGAUCAGCUAUGUAGUGAAGAGGACAGGCAGGAUCCCAAAAACAUAAAACGGGAGAAGCCUGAACCUGCCAAACCAGAAUUUGAUUCCUCUUUGUGCCACAUGUAUGUGUUUCCUGUGACAACUCUGAACUGCAGAAGAAAAGAUUUAAAGAAAGUUCCAGGCAACAUACCUCCAGAUAUAGCUAAACUUGAUUUGUCCAACAACAAAAUUAGACAGCUACGAGCCAAGGAGUUUGAAGAUGUCAGUGAACUGAAGAUAUUAAAUCUAAACAGUAAUGGACUAGCAUACAUUGAUCCUGCUGCUUUUUCAGGCCUCAAUAAUUUAGAAGAGCUGGAUCUAUCAAACAACAGUUUGCAGAAUUUUGAAUAUGGAGUACUGGAAGAUCUUUACUUUCUGAAAAUACUGUGGCUGAGAGAGAAUCCUUGGAGAUGUGAUUACAACAUACAUUAUCUUUUCUACUGGCUGAAGCAUCACUACAAUGUUCACUACAAUGGCCUAGAAUGCAAAAUGCCUGAGGAAUACAAAGGAUGGUCUGUUGGAAAAUAUGUUCGAAGUUAUUAUGAGGAAUGUCCAAAAGACAAGCUUCCUGUUUAUCCAGAAACUUUUGAUCUGGACAAAGAUGACGAGGAAUGGGAACGACACAAGGAGCAAACAGUUCAGACAGUAAAGAAGCACGGUGUAAUUGUCACUGUGAUAGGCUAGUAAGGGAAAACUUUCCCUUAGUAGGUUUAAAUAUCUGAUACUUUGAGAAAGAAAAACAUGCUGUUUACAUUUGUUCUAAUUGUUCUGUUGGUUUGUAGGACUAUCUGCCUACACAGAUGUCUGUAUAUUGCCAAAAAUAACUACAGAAUGACAUUAGUUCAACAGCAUCCUUCAUCUAAUAAUUGUUUUUGACAAUUUGUUCUGGACACUCUUGUGAAAUACUUUGGCAAAUCGAUAGACACAAAUGUACAUAAUAUGGUUGGAAGAAGUUGUCUUAUGUAUGAACACAGUUUAUGUUCACACAGAAAUAACUGCAGGAUUGUGACCAAGACCCAUUUUCCUUGAAUGUAUUGACAGUUCUUUGUAUCUAUCAGUUUCCUGAAAUAUUCCCAGAAAAUGUUUCUAAGAUUUUUAUAUUGACUACCUGUUGUUUUAUUGUAGACCAAAAAACCAAACUGAAGACUAACCUUAAAUACAAUUCUAGAAAAAGAA